ACAGAACUUGGGCAAACUCGGGGAAUCCUGAAGGCAAGAGGCCGAUUUCCAGUCCAGCCAGGAGGAGGUCUGGCCUGCUGACCGUAUCCCCCCAGAGGGACGCGAAGGUGGCAGCCACAGGGGAGUCGCAGGUCCCCCAACUUCAUGAAACUGGAGAGGCUGAAGGCAGUGGGUUCACAGCUGAGGCACCGCUACAGCCACCGGUCCUUCAUCUCCAUCCUGAUCGGCCUCUACAGCUGCCAAUGGAGGCGGGCCCAGGGGGCCAGGGCCAGGCCAGGGGUCUGCUGCUGUAAGAAGAAUGAGUGCCUGUUUCUGCCCAUCGUGCUUGCGGCCUUCAGCCUGUCUCUGUUCUUCCUCUACUCGUGGGCGCAGGCCAAGAACGACUACAACAACUUCGACUGGUUCACGUACACGAAAGUGGGCCGCUGGUUCUUCUGGUCCCUCGCGCUGCUGGUCUUGGCCUCGGUCAUGGUCACCUACCUUUCGGGGCUGGUGAUCCUGGCUGUGUGCUUGCUGUCCGAGGGCCAGCAGCUGUACCUGCAUCGUGGCCACAAGAUGGUGAUAGUGGUGUUGCUGGGCGUGUCCCUGGCCUGGAUUGUGGUCAUUUGCAAACUCUGGAAGGAAAAUUGGAUCACAACCCUGUUGUCCCUCCAGGUGACUGCGCCUUACCUGCACCUGGGGGCCAUCGCCGUCAUGGUAUUCCUGUCCUGGCCCGUGGCGCUCCACUACACCCGCCUGAAGAACAGAGGCUCCCAGCUGGUCCUCCUCAUCCCCUUCCUGGCGCUGCUGUUCUUCCUCUACCUGGUCCCGCUGGGGGUCUCCUCCCCCUGCAUCCAGCCCCGGGGGGCUCUGGGACCCCGGCCAGCUCUGAUUGGGCAUCGGGGGGCCCCAAUGCUGGCGCCCGAGAACACCAAGAUGGCUUUCGAGAAAGCCAUUGACCACGGGGCCGAGGGACUGGAGACUGAUGUCACCAUCAGUUACGACGGGGUCCCGUAUCUCAUGCAUGACCACACUUUGCGCAGAACGACUAAUGUCCAGCAAGUCCACCCCAACAAGUCCAACGUCCAUUCCUCCAUGUUCUCCUGGUCCGAGCUGGAGGUCCUCAAUGCAGGCCGGUGGUUCCUCCGGGACAAGCCUUACGUGGACAUGGGCUCCCUGUCGGGCGCCGACCGAGCUCAGGCCGCGAACCAGUCCGUCUUCAAAUUCAGCGACUUCCUGCGGCUGGCGGACCGAGCCAACAAACUAGUGAUUUUUGACCUCUACCGCCCGCCGAAUCCCCACCCCUACACGAGCUCGUGGAUCAGCAGGGCGUUGGAUGCCAUCGUCAACGAGUCGAGAAUCAAACCCCAUCUGGUCCUCUGGCUCCCAGACGCACAGCGAUCGAACGUCCAGCAGACCGCCCCUGGGUUCCAGCACGUCACGCGCCACCAGGCUUCGGUGCCGGACCUCCUGCGGAACAACAUCACGGGACUGAACCUGCCCUACACGGACAUGGCCCGCGAUACCAUCCAGAUGUAUGCGGCCGCCAACAUCACCACCAACGUAUAUGUGGUCAGCGAGCCGUGGCUCUUCUCUCUGGCCUGGUGCGCGGGAGCUCACUCGGUCACCACCAACACCGUGCAUCACCUUAAGGCCCUUCACCGCCCACUCUUCCUCAUGACCCCAGAGGAAUAUCGGCACAUGUGGAUUCUGACCGACGUCUUGUCCGCGGCCCUCAUCCUGCUGGUCUUCGCUUUCCACUCGUGGAGAGAGAGGAGUUUAGUGUUCUGCACUGAGGAACAAUGCCUUGGAGUCAGCAACACCUCCUCAUCCUCCUCCUCCUCGAUCCUGGAAGGAAACUCCAGAACCAGAGUGGCCCCCCUGGCCUGCUCGUCCACCUCAUCCUUCGAGGUCAGCCAAACGGCCCCCAGCAGCAAGUCGUAAGCGGCUGACCCUGCUCGCCCACGUGGGUCAGUGUCAGCCUGAAGGGGCUUUGCGGGGGUGGGGGGGCUCCUAGAUGGGGGUAGGGUCUGCACAGAUGACGGGACAGGCCUGUUCGAAGCCUGCAAUGGAGCCAAGGGCCGAAGAUUCCCCGCUCCUCCACCCCCACUGGAUUUCCGCCCCCUCUGCCCCCGCGCCUCCAACUCCUACUGGGUCUUCGGCCGGGCCCCGGGCUGCUCUCUACCCCAGAUGCCUGGGAGCCACCUCGGCCCCCUCCCCGGGUGGGAAGCGCGGCCAGAAUCCAGGAGGAGGAGGAAGCAGCCCAGCCUCAGGAUGCUGUAGUCAGGAUCCCUGCUUUGAGGAUUCACCAUCUCGGGCCCCCUGAAGCGGGCACCGUGGGGGGUGAGGGAGGAUUUGAGCCUCCUGCUCCCUCUCCGUUGCCUGUGAAAACCCCCGUUUGCCCCCUCCCAGCUUGAAUAAAGGCGGGUUCUGGAUGCACCUGGGGCAGGAAUCGCUGGGGCCACCCACCUGGGAGGGAAGGGGUUCAGGAGAGACCCACCCUUCUGGCCAAGCAGCCACCC